GGCUCCUCCAAGGAGCUGGACCAGUGGAUCGAGCAGCUCAACGAGUGCAAGCAGCUGAGCAGGAGCCAGGUGCGCAGCCUCUGCGAGAAGGCUAAAGAAAUACUUACAAAAGAAUCAAAUGUGCAGGAGGUGCGUUGCCCUGUUACAGUCUGUGGAGAUGUCCAUGGUCAAUUCCACGAUCUUAUGGAACUCUUCAGAAUUGGUGGGAAAUCGCCAGACACAAACUACCUGUUCAUGGGAGACUACGUGGAUAGAGGUUAUUACUCCGUGGAAACGGUGACUCUUCUUGUAGCACUAAAGGUGCGUUACCCAGAACGCAUUACCAUACUGAGAGGAAAUCAUGAGAGUAGACAAAUUACACAAGUGUAUGGCUUUUAUGAUGAAUGUCUACGAAAGUAUGGAAAUGCCAAUGUUUGGAAGUAUUUCACAGAUUUGUUUGAUUAUCUUCCACUUACAGCUCUAGUAGAUGGCCAGAUAUUUUGUCUGCAUGGUGGUCUCUCUCCAUCUAUAGAUACGUUGGAUCAUAUCAGAGCUCUGGAUCGUCUACAGGAAGUUCCACAUGAGGGCCCAAUGUGUGAUCUUUUAUGGUCAGAUCCAGAUGAUCGUGGAGGCUGGGGUAUUUCGCCGCGUGGUGCUGGCUACACAUUUGGACAGGACAUUUCUGAAACAUUUAACCAUGCCAAUGGUCUUACACUGGUUUCCCGGGCUCACCAACUUGUGAUGGAGGGUUACAAUUGGUGUCAUGAUCGAAAUGUGGUUACUAUAUUCAGUGCACCUAAUUACUGUUAUCGUUGUGGGAACCAGGCUGCUAUCAUGGAACUAGAUGACACUUUAAAAUAUUCCUUCCUUCAGUUUGACCCUGCACCUCGUCGUGGAGAGCCUCAUGUUACCCGUCGUACUCCAGACUACUUUCUAUAAACAUCUCCUCACAGCGGCCUUUGUAGAGGAAGUACACUUGGCAUUUUAAAAAAGCAACAAUAAUUUACACAUUUCUGUAACUGGUUGGGAUCUGUCUCAGCCUAAAACCCCUAUCAUGGACCAAAAUGUGCCAUACUGAAGAUGAGAAUUUAGCACAAUUUGAGACUGAAUUCAGUACAACACUAUAUAUCUUAUAACAAUCAGUCCAACAGUCAGUUUGCCUGCUGUAUUUGUAGUAAUGGUUUCUUCUGGACUGUUCAAAGAGAAAAGAUAAUUCUAACACAACUUCUUUAUUGCUUAUUUGUAAAUUUUAGUUAUAGUGUUUAACUGGCAUUAAUUAGAGUUUGGCAUUUAUUUUUAAGGAAAAUACACAACUAACUUCUGUCAGCCCACCACCCUUUAUUUUAUUGAAACGUAUGAUUAUAACUUAACUGGAGAAUGAAAAUAGUUCCUAUUGGGAGUAUGUUGUCAUAACAUUUAAAAGCUUUCUCUUUUUUUAGUUAAAUUACUGUUCUGUGUUGACCCUAUCUUUUUUUUUCUUUUUUUUUUUUUCUUCUGUAUAUUUGUCAUGAAAGUGCUUGCAUCUUAUCUGGUGUAUUUGAACAAAUAAACUUGCAAUUGCAAAACAGAUAGGUAUUCCAAAA